AUGAGCGAUGCCGGGCUUGUGUUCCUCGUGGAGCAUUUGCCAAGGAUUGGUGCAACUUCAGUACUGUUGGAAGGAGCUUGUAGGCCUAAAUUCUCACUGGGUGCUGGACAGAAUUUGGAGAUGAAGGAUGAAGCUGGAAGGUUAAUUUCAAUCCCUCUGCCGACCGAAAUAGUCACUGAUGGACCUUUAAGAAUUGCUGAGAAGGGUCGGAAUUCCUAUACCGUGCGACUUAAAUCGAGACCGCAAGAUUUAGCGGCAUACAAGACUGCCAGCAAGGCUCGAAAUAUUAUUAUGUCGUUGCCGGAGGGCAAAUGGUGUAAGAAAGAGCUUGCUGAGUGUGGGUUUUUCAGAGUAAGAUGCCUUGGAUGCCAAUUUGAUAUCAUUGAUGAGCGAAAUUGCAAUAAACUUAAUGAACUUCCGUCGGAGUUCUGGCAGGAGUUGAUGGAUUACUGGCAUUGUCAUAAACCACAUCAACCAUCGCAGGAAAUAUGGUACUCAGCCAGAUACAACUCGUUGCAACCAGCCGUCGGAGAGAUCGUCAUUGGGGGCUCUUUUUUCUUAGCGCAACCAGACACCUUUGCAGGUAGAACCAAAGUUGCCAAUGGUAUUGUGCAAUGCGCUAGAUGCUGUGCAACUAUCGGGGACCAAACCAAGGACAAGCUCUACAAGAUCCGCAAAUGGCAUGUGUUUCUGAGCACAAAUGAGCGUGAAAAGGAUCUAUUUCCGCCUGAGCAGGACGUUGUGUUUACGCUGCUGAAUCUAUUAAAGGGUUACUCGACUAGAUACGUUCUACUGUCGUCUAAGGAAUCGCAACUAGUGGUUUGGAUCUUCGCCGUUGGCCUGGAUGUUACCUUAUCGAAUAAUAAGGUUCUCAAGAAUUGCAUUAAAAUCCUCUUUCGCCAGGAAAUACCAGAGGAGGAAAUGAAGAAACACAACAUCGAAAAGGUUGAGGUUGAAAGCUUACCGAUGCAAAGUUUUAUGCAGUCUCUCCAAUAUCUUAAUGGACUGCUGCCGUACAGCGCCAAGUCAUUUGGUGAGUGGAGGGUUGGUUAUGCGACCUUUGCAAAGUAA